AUGUGGUCAAAAAUUGUAACAAGAAGAGUAUUUUUUAAAGUGCGUUUUUGCUCGUCUCUUGUGCCGGAGGAACCUGAAGGUCCUUGCGUCCUAACAGACGUUCCAGGCCCCUGUUCCAGAAAAUUAAAGAAAGACUUAGGGAAAGAUCAGUACACCGGGGAAGUAACACUAUUCGGUAAUUACCAAAAGUCAAUCGGAAAUUAUCUAGUCGAUGCAGAUGAUAACGUACUUUUGGAUAUGUUCUCUCAAAUAGCAACUCUUCCUCUCGGGUAUAAUCACCCCCAGCUAUUAAAACUGUUCCAAGACGACAAAAAACUGAAAACCAUGAUUAAUAGACCUGCACUUGGAGUCUUCCCUGGAGAAGAUCAACCAAAACGAAUUCAUAGUUUAGUCAGUCAGAUCGCCCCUUGUUUGCCAAAAAUCAACCUAAUGAUGUGCGGCGCCUGCGCAAAUGAACAAGUUUUCAAAAACGUCUUCAUAGCCUACCAGCGGAAGAAGCGAGGACAAGAAGGUUUCACAGACGAGGAAAAAACCACGGCUGUUAUCAACCAGCCACCGGGAGCUCCAAACCUGUGUAUACUAUCAUUCUGUGGAGGGCUACAUGGUCGUGCCUUGGGUGCUUUAGCAUCAACGCACACUAAGUACAUCUACAAAAUAGACUACCCGUCUCUCGACUGGCCAAUAGCGUACUUCCCUCGGUAUAGAUAUCCUCUAGACGAAAACGAACGCGAAAAUAUAGAAGAAGAUAAAAAAUCUCUGGCACACGUCGAAGAGUUGUUUGCUACUUACAAGAAAAAGGAAACUCCGGUGGCUGGGGUUAUAGUAGAACCUAUACAGGGUGAAGGUGGUAAUAAUGAAGCCUCGGCGCUAUAUUUUCAAGAGUUGCAAAAAAUCAUAAAGAGGAAUAACGCAUAUUUGGUGUUUAACGAAAUUCAAACUGGAGGAGGUAGUACUGGGAAGUUUUGGUGUCACGAAUACUUCGAUUUACCGGUACCACCGGACGCUGUUACCUUUAGUAAGAAAUUCGCUGUAGCGGGGUACUUCCACAGCGACGAAUUAACACCUGAUAAGCCAUUUCGGGUGUUUAACACCUGGAUGGGUGACCCCGGAAAAGUCAUAAUCCUCGAAGCUAUUAUUAAAGUCAUGCGAGAGCAAGAUCUUCUAGACAAUGUGCUGAAAGUUGGUGCCCGACUGAAGUGCGGGCUUGUUGAGUUAGAAGAGGAAUUUUGCGAGAUCAUGGAUUCGGUUCGAGGAGUUGGCACUUUUUUGGCGUUUAAUAUUGCCAAUGAGGAAUUGAGGGACACUGUGUUGCACAAAUUGCUUCGCAAAGGUGUUGUGUUAGGUCGUUGUGGCGAAUCGGGACUUCGGCUUAGACCAGCCUUAAUCUUUCAAGAGCAUCACGCCGAUAUUUUUUUGGACAUACUUAGACAAGUUCUAAAACAAUGCAAGUAACAAAC